AACACCUGGUUAUUUCUGGAAGAAUCAUUUCUAGCCCAACUGCCCAGCAGGGUCCAGUACAAAAUGCUGGUAUCGCAAGAGCUUAAGACUCGAGAGCUGGUGCAUGACUUUCUUAUUCGGUUGGGACAGGCUCUCAAAUUGGAUGCCAGAACCAUUUUGGCUGCUACCAUCUAUGUGAAUCGUUACUAUAUGCGCAUGCCUAUAACUUCAUCCAAGUACUAUGUGGCCUCAGCAGCCAUAGCUAUCUCGUGUAAAUUGAACGACACAUAUCGUCAGCCAGAUAAAAUCGCCUUGCAUGCUUGUAAUAUUAAAAAUCCGCAUCCUUCACGGCCUGUAGACGAACAGAGUGAUAUGUUCUGGCGUUGGCGAGAUCAGCUUUUGUUCCGUGAAGAGCUCAUUCUCAAGACUUUGAACUUUGACUUGAACGUCGAUCUUCCGUAUAGCAUUCGAGAUGAGCUACUUGAUAACGAUAAUACAGAGGAGCCAGACACGAGAAAAUCGGACAUAAUCAAGAAUACGGUAUCACUCAUCGAAAUGCUUUCGUCCUUGCCUAUACUUGUGGCAUUUGACAUGGAAACCGUUUUUGGAACAGCUCUUCUUAUAGUUACGAAGGAAGCGGCCACUAAGUUCAAGGAGCCCAAACUUUCACUCCCCAAGUACUAUCUCAGAAUUCAUCUUAGAGUAGACUCUUCCAUGUGCUACGAAUGCUACCUGUACAUAUUGAAGUUGUUGAAGUUCAGCGAAAAGGAUCCACAGUGCCACAGCAAUAAACAGCUUGUCAAACGGUUGCACACUGUAGACAAACAGACAUUUGCAACAAUUGCCGGCGAACUGGAAGACGAAACGGAAUAA